AUGGAUGCUCUUGCUGGCAGUCCCUUUGGAUGGCUCUGCGUGGCUGUCACCGUGCUUUUUGGGGUGACUGUGCUCUGCACGGCCAAGAGGAGCCCGGUGGAGAAAGUAAAGGUGCUGGUCUGGAGCCUCCUGCCCGCCUCGCUGGGGCUGCUGUGCGUGGCCACACUGGGUGCCGGCGGGGGGCUGGUGGUCUUCUGCGCUGUGAGCCUCGUCUCCUCUGUGUACCUGGGCGGCAGGGCGCUGCUGCCCGUGGGCGACAAAGCCGUGCUCAUCACAGGAAGCGACACUGGGAUUGGACAUGCACUGGCUAAAUACCUGGAUAACUUAGGUUUUGUUGUGUUUGCUGGGGUUUUGAAUAAGGAUGGACCUGGAGCUGAGGAACUGAGACGGACCUGUUCUCAGAGACUCUCUCUCCUGCAGCUGGAUAUAACCAAUGCCACCCAAGUCAAGGAAGCUUAUCUAAAAGUCUCACAGAAGGUGCAAAAUACAGGGCUAUGGGGAGUCGUGAACAACGCGGGCAUCCUGGGCUUCCCCGCUGACGGUGAGCUGCUCCCCAUGAGCACAUACAGGCAAUGCAUGGAGGUGAAUUUCUUUGGAGCUGUAGAGGUGUCUAAGACCUUCUUACCAUUACUUCGGAAAUCCCAGGGGAGGCUGGUUAACAUGUCCAGCAUGGCAGGAGGCAUUCCACUGCCGAGGUAUGCUGCAUACGGCGCAUCAAAAGCAGCCCUGUCCAUGUUUUCUGGAGUAAUGAGGCAAGAGCUUUCCAAAUGGGGAAUUAAAGUUGCUGCAAUUCAUCCGUCAGGCUUCCGAACAGGUAUACAAGGCACAUCUGACCUGUGGGAUAAGCAAGAAAAGGAGCUGAUGAAGAACCUUCCAGCAGACACAAGGCAAGACUAUGGUGAUGACUACCUCCUGGGGCUGAAGAGCUACCUCCUACAAAUGCCCGCAUACUGUGAUGCUGACCUUUCCCCCGUGCUGAGCUCUAUCUUGCACGCUUUGCUGGCCAAGAGACCACAUGGGUUGUACACUCCUGGUAAAGGGGCUUAUCUGCCCCUCUGUGUCUUCUGCUACUUUCCUCUCUGGUUCUAUGACUUUUUCAUUAGUAAGAUGCUGAGUACUGAGCCUGUCCCAAAGGCACUGAGAACGUCAGAACCUGAAAGCAAGAAUCUCUAA